UUAAGCCAUCGAUAUUGCAUUGGUGCAAAGUUGAAUUGUAGAUUGGAACAAGACAUAGGCCUAGAUCUAUAAUUCCACAUAGAACUGUUCGUUGGACACAUUUUUAUAGGACCAAAAAUAUAAAGAAACUCAUUUUUAAACUGUUUAUAACUAGAGUUAGUGUGCUAGAAUAAUUUUCAAUAGAAACUAUAGCAAGGAUUAACAAUAAAUAUAUUCUAGAUCUAGUAGUAUAGAUUAUAGGUCUAUAUCUAGAGCUAGACUCUAAAUCUAGAGUUCUAGAUAAAGGUCUAGGAUUCUAGGCAAUAUGCAGAAUUUAAGUCAUUGGUUAACAUGCAUGACUAGAUUGACCUACGAACACGCGUAAGACUUAGAUCUAGACUGCAGUGCCAGUGCUGCAGUCCAGUCUGAGUCUGUACUGUAGAGUGAGAGUCUAAUGAAAGUCUAAUCAAUCAUUUAUGAUUUAAAUUAUCUUCUUUUUUGAAGUAACGAGUAAGAUUUAUAGGUCUAGCAGGUCUAGAUCUAUAUCUAGUCAAGUGUAUGUGUAAAAGUUCCAGACCAUCAUCUUCGUCGUGGCACUAUGACUAUGACUUGCUAUUCAUAUUCCAAAGCAGGUUUUUUCAUUAUAUUAUUUGUUCUUAAGCUCAUUGAGCUUACUUAUGCAAGUGAAUUAAACGAUUUUGAGCCUGCAUCUAAAUUUAAAAUUGUUAUUGAUCAAGCAAAAGCUCCUAGGUAUCUUUUGUAUGAUGUUAAUCCUGGCGAAGGCUUUAAUCUCCGGCGUGAUGUCUACAUGCGAAUAGCUAUUCUUGCACGCAAUUUAAAUGUGGAUUCACCUUGGAUAUUAGUGCUUCCCCCAUGGAGCAGACUUUAUCACUGGAAGUCAAGAGAUUUAGGGUCACAAGAAAGAAUUUCUUGGUCAGCAUUUUUUGAUUUGCACAGUCUUAGAAGAUUUGUGCCGGUGAUGGAGUUUGAUGAAUUUUUAAAAAUCAGCCAAGAACAGAUAAUUGAUGAAGUUUAUUAUCUUCAACAUUAUGAAGAAGGUUGGGAUAAAUGGGAGGAGAAAAUGGACAUCAGACCCUGUUUACAAAAACCUUACCAUCUGGAUGUCAAAAGUAAAUUAUGGCAUGGCUGGUUUUAUGGUUAUGGUGAUGAAGUGGCAGCUAGAAAAUUUGAAUGUAUGUCUGUGAUGGGCCAUGCUGGAGUUCUUAAACCUUUUUUAAUGACCAAUACAACUGCCAGGUCAGUGAUGUUGGAUAGGGCAGAAACUGUUUUGCAUGACCGAUUUGGAGACUCUGAGUUUUGGGAAGUGAGAAGGAGUAUGAGGUUUUCUAAGGAGUUACGAAGGAUAGCUGAUGAUUUUAGAAUGUUUCAAUUGGACUCUACUGAUGAGCAGGACAUGACCAUGCUAGAAGAUGACUGGACUCAAAUGAAAAGAAAACCCGGUGAUGCCAUUGGUGGGCCAUAUUUAGCAGUUCACUUAAGGCGAGCAGAUUUUGCCAAAGUGAGAGAAAAAGAUGUUCCAUCAAUCAAGCAUGCAGCCAAACAGCUAAAAAAAAUGUGCAAGAAGAUGGAAUUACAGAAAAUAUUUGUUGCAACUGAUGCAACUUCUGAAGAAUUUGCUGAGCUUAAGGGCAACUUAAAAGACUUCUCAGUUUACCGCUAUGAGCCAACAUUGGAAAUAAAAAAAAAGAUAAAAGAUGGUGGAGUUGCCAUUAUAGAUCAGUGGAUCUGUGCACAUGCAAGAUAUUUUAUUGGUACUAGAGAGUCAACGUUCUCUUUUCGAAUCCAGGAUGAACGUGAAAUUUUGGGCUUCAAUCCUGAUACAACCUUUAAUAGGUUGUGUCAUGAAAAGGACAAAACAUGUGAGCAGCCAACAAGAUGGACUAUAAAAUACUAAAUAAUAGGUAUUCAAAUGUACAUAUUGGAGUAAUCCUGUUUGAAGUCAAUAAGUUUUUGUAAAUAGUCAGAACACCUGUACUGAUAAUCUUGCCCUAUUUCAAUUUCAUAUAGUUUGUUACAAUGAUUAGAGAUGUAUUUUCAUUAUUGUGUGGAGAGUACUUAAUAUUUAUUUUCAAGUCACUUUUAAAAGGAAAACGUUUUUAUUGAAUUGACUGCACACCUUUUUUUUUUUUUUUGUUAAAUUCUUUUUACUCUUUGGAGUGAGAGUAUUAGCUUAUUACCUUUAUCUUUUAUUUAUUUAUUUUUUUUUAAAUUUUAUUCUUAACUAGCAGUACACACUGGCUACGACUGUUCCCAGACUUUAUAUUGUUUAUUUUUUUACUUUUAAUAAACGGGCCACAUUUUAAUGAUCAACCUAACAUACUUUUUUUAGUCUGUGAAUUAGUGUAUCUGAUACUAUGAACUUUGAGGACCCUUUUUGUCUUUUUCCCCCUCUCUGAAAUCCCCCCCUUUUUUUUUACCUACGACAGACUUUUGGCUUGAUUUGGAAAAACCUGCUUCAUAAUGUGCCCCCUGACACAUACACCAACCUCAUAUUUUGGGCCCAUUAAUUCUUGUAACACAUUCACUUAUCCGCCCCCCACCCCACCCCCCAUCCAAAAACAAAAAGUUAGUCCUUUUUCUUUUUUUUUCCAACCUUUAAUAUUAAUGCAAGCAAUGUAUGGUAUUAGACACUGAAUACAUUUCUUUAUACCAUCAGUUUCAGGCUAAGAGAAAAAAAAUGCAUUUUCCAAAGGCUCCAAAUCAAUUCCUCAUUCCUGUUCCCUUUCUACAUUUACUUUGUUAUUUUGUUUUCUAAAUAAAAAGAAAUAUCCGUUUGUUUUUAUUAAUUGUAAUCAUUUUAUCUCACCCCUUUUGAAUGUAGCAAAAUGACAAUAGAU